GAAUCAAAAUACAUGAAACCCGGAAAUGAUUUUGUUGGUUUCCCACUCUACCUACCUGCAUGUGUUUCAACGCGCUUAACCGAUUGAGGAAUAGUCAACGCCUCCGAAUUGAAACCAUUGAGUUCAACUGCAAGUAGCCUAAAGGUUGGAGUCAGACGUGUAUGUCACGUGCAAGAAGAUGGAAAGUCACAGUGAAGUGAUUGCCAGACUCCGUGCAGCAUUCUGCACCAGAGUGACCAUUCCACUGCAGUUCCGUCUCACUCAGCUAAAGGCCCUCCUCGCCUUGAUGGAGGAAAACGAAGCUCAGAUUGUGGAAGCAUUGCACAAGGACCUUGCCAAGCCAAAAUUUGAAGCAGUACUUUCAGAGAUUGACAUGGUGAGGAAUGACGUUUGCUACGCAAUGAAUAACUUGAAGACCUGGAUGGAACCUGAAUAUGUGGCCACAAAUCUGGCAACAAAGUUUGAUGAUUGCACCAUACGAAGAGAGCCGUUUGGAGUGGUUCUGAUCAUAGGGGCUUGGAACUACCCUCUCCAACUCAUUCUGCUACCUCUGGUUGGUGCCAUAGCUGCAGGUAACUGUGCAAUACUCAAGCCGUCUGAGAUCAGUCAAGCAACCGAGAAGCUCCUUGCUGAACUCAUACCCAAGUACCUGUCCCAGGAGUGUUAUGUAGUCAUACGGGGGGGGGCAGAGGACACCAGAAUGUUAUUGGAGAACAGAUUUGACCACAUUUUUUACACAGGUUCUCAGUCAGUGGCUCGGAGCAUCCUCCAAGCUGCUGCUGUUUACCUGACCCCCGUCACCCUGGAGCUGGGGGGGAAGACCCCCUGCUUUAUCUAUGGCCGGCUGGACAUGAAGACCGCUGCCAAGAGGCUGGUCUGGGCCAAGUACUUUAACUUAGGCCAGAGCUGCGUCGCUCCGGACUAUGUCCUCUGCACAGCCGAGACGCGGGACGCCCUGCUGCCUGCCAUCCGCGAAGCCCUGGAGGCCUUCUACGGCACCGACCUCCAGCAAUGCCCAGAUGUUGGCCGCAUUGUGACAGAGAAGCACUGGAGCCACUUGAUGGACAUGCUGGGGAAGUCCAAGGGGAAAGUGGUGAUCGGGGGGGAGAGCACACGAGAGGAGAAGUACAUCGCACCCACAGUGGUGGUGGACGUUGACGGAACGGACGCCCUUAUGCAGGAGGAGAUCUUUGGACCCAUCCUCCCUAUCCUCACCAUGGAGAACCUGGAGGAAGCCAUCGACUUUGUGAACGCCAGAGAGAAAGCCCUCGCCCUGUAUGCUUUCUCUGAUGACCCUAAGAUUGUGACCACAGUUCUGGAAAACACCAGCAGUGGAGGAUUCUGUUCAAAUGAUGGCAUCGUGCACAUGACACUACCAAGCUUACCUUUUGGGGGAAUUGGUGCCAGUGGGAUGGGCUGCUACCAUGGACGUUGGAGCUACGAGACCUUCAGUCACAAGCGUGCCUGCGUGCUGAGGAGCUGGGCACUGGAGCGGGUUGGUGCCUUCAGGUACCCCCCCUACAGUGAUGCCAACCUGGGCUGGCUCCGCUGGGCGACCACCACCAAGAAGAGCAGCUGCUCCGUCAUGUAAAGACAUUAUCCAGGAUUUGGGUUGAUUUGCGGCACAAAUGGGGCACUGACCAAAGCGAAACGCUUUUUGCCUGUAGCCUGCUAUGUUAAGUAACCAUUAAAACUGGGAAUAUUUCACAGUUGGUUUGA